AGGAGGGGGCGACAAUCGCGGCGAGUUCUCGCAUCGCAUCCCGGUGCGUCGGUCGCUUGGUCGUCGUUCUGUGCGCGAUAGCUCCCCCUGCCGCAUCCUCGAGACAGCAGCCGGCGGCGAUUUUUUUGUACCGACCGUGUGCGACUGCUUGUUCCGUCCGGCGAGUGUGAAGGUGUGAGCCAUCAACCACUGGAUUCUUUAUUUCCGGAAAAACGUACACAUCGAGUCUCUACUUCUCAGGAUUCUAAAGCUCGAGCCCUCAAAAACACCGCAGCGGACGAUCCUUCGCAAGAAAAAAAAAAAAAAAUCGACCGACCAUCUCCCGGCGCUGCUUUUCGACGAACAAAACAGCUUCUCUCUAGUUUUCCUGCUCGGAAUACAGGGUAUACACAGGAAUUGACGGCGUGAUCGAACAGCGUUCGCCAUGGGCCAGAAGAUGGGCAAGCAGCGCUCGGCGGACAUCACGCCGGCGCCAAAGGACAAGGUCAAGCGACGCAAGAGCAAGCGCGAGGCCAACGGCGACACCCAGGGCACCAUCACGCCCACCGGCGACGGGGUGGUUGCCGCAGCCACGGCCGUCCAGAAGGCCGCGCAGGAAACCGAAGUGCCUCAGGUCGACAAGCCUGCGGAGAAGAUUGAGGCCGCCGCCAAGGAGGUCAUCACCAACGGCACGGCCGAUGUUCCUGAGGUCAAGCCAGUUCCCAACGGCACAGCCGAGCCCGUAGCCGAGAAGAUCGCGGAACCAGUCGCGCCACAGGAACCCGCAGCCCCUGCCGCCGAGGAAGCUAAGCCUGCCUCGGAAGUCAAGCCUGCCGAGGAACCAAAGCCAGUCGCCGAGACCGCUCCUGCUCCAGAACCUGCGGCCGCGCCAGCUCCCGUCGAACAGAAGCCCGAAGAGCUCAAACAACCUGAACCUGAACCCACCCCUAAGGUAGAGGAACUGCCCGCAGUGGUGGAACAGGCUAAGCCUGCCGAAGAGGAAGUCAAGGUAACCGAGGAGGCACCCAUGGUGGAACCCGUGCCAGCGGCGGCCGUCGAACCGGCCAAGGAAGAACCCGCAUCAGCACCUGAAGUCCCCGCCGCAGAAGCUCCUGUGGUUGCACCAGCAGAAGCCACGGUUGAAGAGAAGCCAGCUGAAUCAGCAGCUCCCACCGUUCAGGUCGUCUCUCCGCUUGUGGAUGGCGGGUACCUCGAGCCUCAGCCAUCGGAGAUCGUGAUCGAAAAGGCCUUAGCCGAGGCCGAGCAGCAGGCGCUGGCGCCUGUCGCUCCUGCCCCGGUCGAAGAGGCCAAACCGGCCGAAACACAGCAGCCCGCAGCAGAACCCGAGGAGUCCAAGGACCUUGACCUCCCUCCCGUCACGGAGCUGCCCGCCGUAGAACAGCCAGCAGUGGUACCCGCGACCGAUGCCGCUGCCACGGAAUCCCCAUCCGCUCAAGAGCUGGAAACUAAACCCGAGGACAAGGCACCCGAGAUCGCCAGCCCCGUCGCAGAGCCUCCGGCUGAACCCGCUGCUCCUACGGAGACCUCCGCUGCCUCAGCCGAACAGACGAGCCCAGCUGAGUCAAGGCCUGAAGGAGAAGCAGCACCCGCCGCCGAUGCCAAAGCCGAGAGUCCGAGCUCCGAGGCUCCAAAGGUGGAGGAAUGAAAGGACGGGUCAUCACCCCAAGCGCGGAAUCUAGAGCUCCUGAGCCCCCGCUGACCAUGUUGUGGCUUUCGUUCUGUAUUCACAUUCUCGGGUGGGAAAGACUUCUUGUGCGGGGAAACGAAUGGGCUAGGGAGGGAGAAUUUUCAUACCAGCAGGGUCCUCUGGCGGCUGGUGGCGUCGAGAAAUUGUUGGACCUUAGUUGAGGCACGACGCUCGCAAUGCGGAGUGGCUUACGGAUGAGACACGUGGUAGUUCCUUGCACGAAAAAAAGUAUUCGUACGGACCACAGCCUACGGAGCGGACGGCAAUAUGCUAUAGGUCGUGCCAUUAUUUGGAAAUGACGGAAGAAGCGAGAAGGGGGUAAGGAGUGGGGGAGACGAGUGACUUCAAAUAGCUCCUGCCCAACGUGGAGCGAAAAGCUCGGCGCAUAUCUUGUUGCUGGCAGAAAAGCGAGGCAAUUCUACGGUAUGGAGCUGUAUACAUUUUGUUCGUCGGCUUGUGCCCGUUUUAAUUUGAACGUUUCUGUCGAUACAUUUCUUAUCGUGUCACGUGGUAGAUAAGCCGGAACGCCACUAAUCGCUCUCCCGCCAGUCUCCCCCCUGGAUGAAGCUUCCCGUGAAAGAAGCUUUCACUGUGGUCACCACAAGGCACUCUGAAUAGGUGUGGUUACCGUCGCUUAAACUCCUUUGGAGUUGGUCACCCGUUCCCUUCGAUAGCUCGUUUUCGUCAUUGAGUCCGCACUUUUUCAUUAGUCCCGUUAUUGCGGAUUUAUAGUGUGCCAUGGUGAAGAUGACGUGUGUGUUCUUUCAGUUGUUUGUAUCACGUAGUUGCGUUAUUCCAGUGCUCUUUUGCGCAUUAUUUAACCACUCUGUUUUUUUUUUCUGCGCGCACCUAUCGCCAUUCGUGUAUCUAGGUCAGUUUGUCUGCGUGAGCUGUGGCGUGGCACUCGAUGAUCAAAAGGCUUGCCUCAGCCGACGAAGUUUCCUCGCGAGGAGCUGUUCCUGUUUUUUUUUUUUUUUUCGCCUUUGAAAAACAAAUUCUGUACGGACAGAGGUCGCAAAGUUCUUUAUGUGCCAAUCCUCUCUUGCUAGCCCGAACGCGGUUGCAGGUCUUUGCGCGAUUGUAGUCAGUCCAUUUCGACUGCGUUCUUACGUCCCAGAACACUUUCGCCCAAAAUGUGCUCGCGUGCCGAGGCUGGAAGCUGGAAAAGCGGUGUGUAGGUUUUCUUGACCAGCUGAAGUUGACCGCACUGUGCCGUUUGUUCGCUAUUCCCCUUUUCAUAUGAUGUCCAUUGCCAAGAGGACGUUCUUGCCCCCAAUGCGGGAUGGCCGCUUGGUGAUGCCACAAGUCGGGCAUACUCAUCGGUCGGUGCUUCUGUGUGAGGAUGUCCGGUGUUUUUGAGCCAUGUUCGUCAGUGUAGUCAGGAUUUUUGGAACGGUUGCAUUUUCUUUUGUACAACAGUAACGCGCUAUCACUUUUCAAUUAGCUGUAGCUGCACAGUCUCAAGCUGACCAGCAAUGCGUUCUGGCUGGCGGAUAUAGGUUUUCAUUGCCAACACUUUGGCAGCACACAGUUUACGUCUCGCGUGAUAGCAGUUCCUCUCUGGCUUCAGGGUACCUUUGCUGCGAGAUGCCUUGGUGCUUUCAAGACGCCCAGAACAAUUCUUUUGUCUUCUUCGAGUGCGGCAGAGCUUUGACUUCUGGACACACACACACACUUAUAUGGGCCGGAAUUUCGCUGGGCCUGUUUGUACGCGCCAGCUGGCGGUAUGUCUCAGGUAUCUCGUUUGUACUUUUCACAAUCUCGUUGCGCCAGGGCUUCACCAAAUAAGUCUGGCCGUGCGACUUCUUUCUGAGCACUAUAGCGUUGUCCAUGUGUUUCCCUCGUCUGGCUGCAAUUUUUUUGUCGAUGCCUUUUUAACGUGAUUUUUUACUGUGUUUGCAGACACUUCUUUCCGCCCUCCAAUGUUUAUACUCUGAAUAAACUUCUGAUACAAACUUUUCA